GCCCUUCCUCUCCAUCAACUGAUAGAAGAAGCGGCUCCGCUCAGCUGUCCGAAUCUGAAGAAAAUUCAGGAGAGGAGAGAGUUGAAUUUCGCUUCAGUGUUUGAUCCUUCUUCUCUCUGCGGCUCUCGCAUUCCUCGUCCAUGGCGGAUCUCAGGUCAACAUUCCUCAAGGUCUACUCGGUUCUCAAAGAGGAGCUUCUCAACGAUCCCGCCUUCGAGUUCACUGACGCUUCUCGUCAAUGGAUCGAACGGAUGCUGGACUACAAUGUGCCUGGAGGAAAGCUUAACCGAGGGCUCUCUGUUAUUGAUAGCUACAAAUUGUUGAAAGAAGGAAAGGAAUUGACUGAAGAUGAAAUCUUUCUUGCCAGUGCUCUUGGAUGGUGUAUUGAGUGGCUCCAGGCAUACUUUCUUGUUCUUGAUGAUAUUAUGGAUAACUCUGUCACACGACGCGGUCAACCUUGCUGGUUUAGAGUGCCCAAGGUUGGGAUGAUUGCAGUAAAUGAUGGAGUUCUACUCCGAAAUCAUAUUCCUAGAAUUCUAAAAAAUCACUUCAAAGGGAAGCCGUAUUACGUGGAUCUGCUCGAUUUGUUUAAUGAGGUUGAGUUUCAAACAGCAUCAGGACAAAUGAUAGAUUUGAUAACCACUAUUGAAGGAGAAAAAGAUCUUUCCAAAUAUGCAUUGUCACUUCAUCGGCGCAUUGUACAGUACAAGACUGCCUAUUAUUCAUUUUACCUUCCAGUCGCGUGUGCACUAGUUAUGUCAGGUGAAGAUCUUGAGAAACAUACUGUGGUUAAGGACGUUCUUGUUCAGAUGGGUGUCUAUUUUCAAGUUCAGGAUGACUAUCUAGAUUGUUUUGGUGAUCCCGAAACCAUCGGAAAGGUGGGAACAGACAUUGAAGAUUUCAAAUGCUCUUGGUUGGUUGUGAAAGCUCUGGAACUUUGCAACGAGAAACAGAAGAAAUUGUUACACGAGGCUUAUGGGAAACCAGACCCAGAAAAUGUUGCCAAAGUAAAGGCCAUCUACAAGGAGCUUGAUCUUCAGGGUGUAUUUGAGGAGUACGAGAGGCAGAGCUACGCUAAACUGAAUGCCUCCAUUGAAGCUCAUCCAAGCAAAGCAAUUCAAGCAGUUCUCAAGUCUUUCUUGGGUAAAAUAUACAAGCGCCAGAAGUGAGCUUCUCCUACUCUUUGCCCCUCCCUUGGCUUUGGCCUUAGCAUUCUUAAUUAGCUUGUAUUGUAACAAAUAACACUAGUUUUUCGUUUACAAUUUUUGUGUCUCUGAAUAAGGUUCUACUACCUUUAUUUAUAACCUUUUGGAAUUUGAAUCCUUUUUUUUCUUUUGAA